GUUUCGACGAUCCAAAUCGAGAAUAUGUUUCACAAGGAUAGUAUCCGGGGAUUAAAUAUUUGUACAGACCUUUCUCUCGACGUUGUAUUAACGCUACGGAGGCUACCGUGACGCAUAUGGUUAUGGAUGGCCAACAUCUGGAUAGCCAACAUCAUUCGUCUCUCAGUCAUUCAACCCAAAGUUCUUCUUCUUCUGCUAUCGACUUAACUGUCACUAUCACGGGCCUUGCUGGCACUUCAGCUCCUCCGAGUCCGAGUCUGUCUCCAACACUUCAUCCUUCAGUGGAUGGUAGUCGUUCCGUCGCUCGCAGACGAGCCAGUUGGGCAAAGUUAGAUGCAGGGCAAGAUCCCUUACGCCCAGUAACUAUGGAGGCGGGUCCUUCAAGAAUAUCGCCCCGGCCAUUUACUGCAGACGAGGACCCGGUUUAUUUUCCAGACAACGGAUUCUUUGCAAAUGCAUUAGCUUACAAUGGGAGUUCGAUUUACAACGAAUUACCCUACACUGCUGCACAAGCUGGUCCAUCCUCCGCCUCGUUAAUUUCGACUCCGGAGUCUGACCUUGACUCAUCCAAGGACGGAGACGAUGUCCAUCUCACUGGCACCAACUCACAAUGGAAAUCUACAGAUGGAAGUUGGGCUAGUGCUAAUGAUUUGACCAUUGACACCGAGCGCACGGGAGGUGCUACAGGCCCCACCAGGCGGAGGACGCUGCGUUACAGUUCCUCACCUUCUCCUCUCAAACGAACGGGAUCAGCAUUCAUGGUAAUGUCGAAGCACCUUCAACGUGCAUCUCUCCGCGUUGUUAAUCUGUCAGGCCACGCCUUGGACAAUUCAAUCCGCAUACCAGAUGAAGACUUGGACGAUGGCGAGUAUUCUCUCACACAAGAUAACAAGGAACCUCUCGAAGAACAAUGGAACGAACAACAAGUGUUCCUUACCAGAAAGCUGACUCCCUUACGAGGGCGCACUCUCGGUUUCUUAGAGUCCUCCAGCACGUUUCGUCUUCGCCUCUAUGGCUUCCUUUCUCAUCCAUGGACCGAACCUCUGAUACUCUGUUUAAUAAUUCUUACUGCCUGUGUAUUGAUAUCUCAAGCGUCUCACUCGGUCCUUCUUCCCUCGGAUCAGUCUAUGCCGACCUCACUUAAGGGUUUCUUUUUUGCUUGGGAGGAUUAUGUUCUUUUUGGGUUGUUCACCUUAUACACGUUUGAAGGAAUUGCGCGAAUAUGCGUUUCUGGAUUUCUGCUGGAUCCUGAAGUUCCGAUAUCAGCUUUCUUUGUAAGUUCGACAUCAUCAAUAACGUCGACUUCGAGGUUAGGUCCUUCCGCAUCCGGUUCCUUGUCACGCGGCCUCUCCUUAAGGCCCUUCUAUGAUCGUAUAUCGCGGCCUUUCAAACUUUCCGAGGCUACCCCGUCGCGUUCGAUGCCUGACAUAGUAGUUGGUCCAAGCAAUUUGCCUCACGACGCUUCGCGUCAAGAAAAACAGACUAUAGUAGAUGAACCUCCUUCACGCGCCCAUCUCCGGAAUCCCUCAGAGCCAACUUUCUUCUCCCGUGCCCUUCGGUCAGACCAGACACCUUCGGACGUGAUCUCAUUGCCAUUCCGAUUAAACAUCGAUAAUGCACGCGACAAGGUGUAUCGUAAUAUGCCAUACUUGCGCCAAAGCUGGGGAAGAAUUGACUUCAUCGCCAUUCUCAGCUUCUGGUUGAGCUUUGCACUCGCGAUGGCAGGCGUGGAGCGUGGGUCUCAUCAUGUCGCUGCGUUCAGAGCGAUGACUGUGCUGCGAAUAGCAAGACUUCUCGCUAUUACUUCUGGAACUACUACAAUCAUGCAUUCACUGAAGAUCGCUCGGCCGCUGCUUACUAACGUGGCAUACUUUGUUAUCUUCGCUGCGGUGCUAUUUUCGAUAAUUGGCAUCCAAUCGUUCAAGGGUUCUUUUCGACGGAAUUGCUAUCUUCAGCCCACCCUCGGAGAAAAUCAAACGCAAAUAUCCCAAUCUUGCGGUGGUUACAUUGAUCCGGGUACCCUAAAUGUCUCUCCUUAUUUACAAUUGGAUGGUACAUCAGGCUCCGCGGCCAAGGGUUAUAUCUGCCCUUUGGGGCAGGUUUGUCAGGAGGGAGACAAUCCAAACAGUGGCAUCCAGAGCUUCGACAAUAUUUAUUAUGCCGCGCUUCAAGUUGUCGUCGUGACUUCAGCCAAUGGCUGGUCCCCGAUCAUGUACUCGAUCAUCGACGCCGAAUUUUUUGUCUCCUGCUUCUAUUUCAUUGUCUGUAUCCUCGUGUUGAACAUCUGGCUUAUCAAUCUAUUCGUUGCUGUAAUAACGAACUCGUUCUCUGCCAUACGUGCCGAUACACAGAAGAGUGCCUUUGGUGCUGCACCACUAGGACUUGUCGUCGAAGAGCAAGAAGAGGGUUGGUCAGACGGGAAACACAUUUCUCAGAGCAACUCGCUCAAGGAAUUCUACACCCAUACGCGCUGGUGCUGGGUAUUUCUGGCUCUCGCGUCGCUCGUGGUACAAGCCACCGCCAGUGCUGAUAUGAGCGACCUGCAUCAACAGAUACUUGACAAGUCAGAGCUAGCGCUUACAGUGGCCUUCGACAUCGAGAUCAUCAUGCGCAUUGUAGCAGAGCUCCCAGCUUGGCGAAGAUUCUUCCAGCAUGGGAACAACUGGCUGGAUCUUGUGUUGGCUGUGGGGUCGAGUGUUAUUCAGAUUCCGGCUAUUCACAACUCGGAGCUAUACCCCUGGUUGACGAUAUUUCAACUAGGGAGGUUCUACAGGGUGAUUCUAGAGUUCCCGAGAAUGAAACCUCUCAUGCUCACGGUCUUUGGGAAUCUUUAUGGUCUAGUGAAUAUGACGCUUUUCUUGCUGCUCGUCAACCUCCUUGCCGCGUUGGUCUGCGUGGAGCUCAUUCGCGGUGAUAUGAAUGACUCGACUGGGUUGAAUUUCGGACAGUUGUGGAAUUCGUUCCUCGCCAUGUACCAGAUCUUUUCCUCCGAGAAUUGGACGAAUGUCUUGUACUCGACAGCAAUUGCAGAGAUUUCCCUGGGGCAGGCGGUGAUCGUAAUUAUUUUCUUAUGCUCGUGGCUUAUAUUUGCAAAUUUCAUCGUGAUGCAAAUGUUCAUCGCCGUCAUUCACGAGAACUUCAGUGUCGCAGAAGAAACGAAGAAGAGUAAACAGGCAUCGGACUACUGGGUUCAACACCACCCACAAAGGGUCACGCACAAUAGUUGGACUCGCAAGUUGAAUCCGUAUCGAUGGAUCAAGGCAGAUCCCGUUCGCGUCAAGGUCGAAAACCUUCCUUCCAACCUGGUCUUACCAAUGCAGAAAACGCUUGUGCAAGAUUACGGGGUUGUUAGACAACACAACCGAAAUGGGGCUAAACCCGUUCCGUUGAAGGGUGCGAGGCAUCUACCUUCAAAAUCGUUGACGAUGCUUCAACAACUGUUUUCUGGGACUACGGAUUCUAAUGAUGUUCCGUUGGCGGACUUACGACAGAGCCGUCGUGAGUCGACAGCAGUGCAAAACGAAGAGACGGACCGUUAUCUCGAUAUUCUCGCCAAGGCGGGCAACGGCACCGACACGACUGAGAACGACCAUGAUGAGCAUUCCGAGCGGAAGGCGCAGAAGGCGGACUUUAUCAUUGACCACCCGACAUAUGAUAAGACCUUUUGGCUUUUCUCGCAGGAAGAUCGUUUCCGGAAUAUGUGCCAGAAGGUUGUCAAGCCUGCUGGUGGAGAGCGCCUAUUCGGAGCCCCACCCUCCGACGUUGCCCAUACGUUAUUUCAGCUCAUGAUCUUGUUGAUCGUGCUAGGUGGUAUCAUCACGGAGGGCGUAGCCACCCCUUUGUACCGGCGCAAUUACUACAUGGAGCACGGUAUGGUACGUGGUACUUGGUUCAACAUCGCCGAGAUAGCGCUCGGUGUUCCUUUGCUAGUCGAAUUCAUUAUCAAGAUCAUCGCCGAUGGUUUCUUGUUUACUCCAAACGCCUACGUCAAGAGCAUAUGGAAUAUCCUGGACUUCAUUAUACUCAUUGGUAUCCUAGUGAACUUGUCAUUCACGCUCAUUUUUGUCAGUGGAUUGACUCGUUUCAUCCACGCACUCAAAGGUCUUCGAGCUCUCCGCCUUGUCACCUUGAUCGAGAAGAUGCGGAACACAUUCGAAUCACUCAUUAUAUCCGGGGUGACUCGUAUCUUGGAUGCCGCCAUUUUGGCGAUCCUGUAUCUGAUUCCCUUUAGCGUUUGGGGCGUCAAUAUAUUUGCAGGAUUAAUGAAUGAGUGCAACGAUACCAGUGUCCAAGGCCUCGACGAUUGCACCAACGAGUUUGUCAACACAAUAUACGGCACUUCUUUCGGAUAUUUGGCCCCUCGUGCCUGGGACAAUCCUUCACCUUCCACGACGUUCUCCUUCGACAACUUUCGAUCUUCGAUGCUCAUUCUUUUUGAGAUUGUAUCAUUGGAGGGGUGGAUUGAUGUGAUGUUGGCCUCGAUGAGUAUUACUGGGAAGAACCGACAACCACAGGUCGACGCUUCGCAGAUCAACGCUAUUUUCUUCGUCAUCUACAACUUGCUCGGAGGCGUUGUAAUUCUGACUCUUUUUAUCAGUAUUAUCAUCGGAAACUUCUCAUCCAAGACGGGUUCUGCAUUCCUGACCCAACCUCAACGAGAAUGGAUUGACCUACAGAAACUGAUCAAACGCCAGAAACCGUCGAAGCGUCCUCAGACUCGGCCUACUCAACUAUUACGAGGAUGGUGCUACGACCGUGCGAUCCACAAGCACGGUUGGUGGACACGAAUGAUGACGUGCUUCUUUGUCGUACAAAUCAUCGUUCUCAUGACGCAAACAUUUACAGUCCAAGUAGCUGUUGCAAGAUUUCAAGAUGACUUCUCGCUGAUCAUCACAACGAUGUAUGUCGUCGAUAUCGCAGUUAGGUUCUACGGUGUUGGGUGGAGGAGUUUCCGAGCCAACGGGUGGAAUUUGUUUGAUGUUGUGGUGGCCGGCGGCAGUUUCAUCACGACGUUGGUCGUUCGGUUUGGGUACAUGGGUUUUGCCGUCGAGCAGCUGCAGAAACUGUUCCUCGUCAGUAUUGCGUUCAAGCUCGUGCAGAGGACCAACAGCCUUAAUCAGCUCUUCAAGACUGUCAUGGCGAGCUUGCCCGUCAUCUUGAACCUCCUGGGCCUAUGGUUCAUACUUUUUAUCUUCUUCGCCAUCAUGUACAUGGAGGUCUUCGGCUUGACCAAAUGGUAUUCUGCAGAAACUCACACUCAGAAUUACCAAACCAUGGGUUCGGCGCUCGUGAUGCUCGCAUUCAUGAGUACGGGCGAAGGCUGGAACCAAUACAUGCAUGACUUUGCUCUGGCAUAUCCGCGGUGCACUAUCAACACUAGUGGGCUAGUGGAAACGGAUUGUGGAAGUGCCGCUUGGGCGUUCUCCCUCUUCAUCGCCUGGAACCUCCUGAGCAUGUAUAUAUUCGUGAACAUGUUCACUGGAGUCGUCGUGCAGAAUUUCUCCUACGUUUUCCAGUCGACUGGCGGAGCAAAGGCCAUCACUCGUGAAGAAAUUCGUUCGUUCAAGAAAACGUGGGCGGAGUAUUCCAACCCAAAGACUGGGCUGCUCGAACAAAGGCGAUUGGUUCCGUUCCUAGGUAAAUUAAAUGGGAUUUUCGAGGUUCGCAUAUACCCGACUGAGUACUCUGUUCCAUCCAUUGUCUCGACAUGCAAAGACAUCCGGAAGAUUGCGACGAAAGAAGGGACGAAAGUGGAGGCGACAUUGAAUCCACGCAAAGUAAACAAGGUGCUGAGGAAGGUCGACUUCGACAUUAUAAAACAGCGAAGAGCAGUAUAUUGCCGGCUAUUUCACGAAGCCAGCAUCAUUGACAGCCAUUGCAAAGGCAUCUCGUUCACCGACAUGCUUUUUCUUUUGGCCCACCAUAAGCUGAUUGUGGACCGCGACGCACUAGAGCUGAAGGAUCUAAUCGUGAGACAGGGGACGAACAAACUUGUGUCAGAUUUGGUGAACCUCGACCGUGUUCGUUCUUUGCUGAAAAUGAUAUCACUGCGACGAAGAUAUUUGGCCAAGCGAGAAAUGACACUCAGUGCACAAAGAGACAUCCCCGCUAUUCAAGUCGACCCUGCACCAUCCACUCCACCCCCAUUAACUCGCGAUAUCACUUCACCUCGUAGUGACCGCGGCCGUUUAGACAACAGCCCUUCUAGUCCAACUCCCUCUCCCCGAACACUUGGCCCUUCCCCAGAGCUUAAUGCCUGGGAUCAUUCCUUCCGAAGUAGUCUUCAGCGCUCCCGCAGAACAAGCGAUGUCAGCAUGCUUUCUGCCGACAUGGGUCAUGGUUACUGGUUCGUGCUGAUAGUCGCUCCCACUAAAUAGUUCAUUGAUAGGUUUGACGCAGGAGAGAUAGUUCAUUAGACAUCGGUGAUCAAGAAGGCAUCGUGUCAUCCAUGCAGCGUUCUAUAUGGGAUGAGAUCAUGCAGCAAGCUGCAGAAGAGGAUGUUUAGCUCGAUCUUAUUGUUUCAACUAAUCAUGGACAUUUUACGGACACUAACUAUAUUGCAUGUGUACCUCUAACAAUCAACA